AUGGUUACCUCUGCCAUGUCCGUCUGCUCCAGCACUUGCACUGGCUCCUCCUGGCAGGUGGAUGAUUGCCCAGAGAGCUACUGCGAGCCCCCCUGCUGUGCCCCCAGCUGCUGUGAGACCCUCUGCUGCACCCCCAGCUGCUGUACCCCGGCCUCUUGCUUGACUCUCACCUGCACCCCAGUGAGCUGUGUGUGCAGCCCCUGCUGCCAGGCAACCUGUGAGCCCAGCCCCUGCCAGUCAGUGUGCACCAGCUGCUGCACCCCCUCCUGCUGCCAGCAGUCUAGCUGCCAGCCAGCUUGCUGUUCCUCUCCCUGCCAGCAGGCCUGCUGUGUGCCUGUCUGCUGCAAGCCUGUCUGCUGUGAGCCCGUCUGCUGCAAGCCCGUGUGCUCUGUGCCCAUCUGCUGCAAGCCUGUGUGCUGUGUGCCUGUCUGCUCCGGGGCUUCCUCUUCCUGCUGCCAGCAGUCUAGCUGCCAGCCAGCUUGCUGUUCCUCUCCCUGCCAGCAGGCCUGCUGUGUGCCUGUCUGCUGCAAGCCCAUCUGCUGCAGACCCUCGUCCUGUGUGUCCCUGCUGUGCCGUCCUGUGUGCAGACCCACCUACUGUGUGUCCACUUGCUCCUGCUGUGCCCCUGCCUCCUGCUGCCAGCCCAACUGCUGCCGCCCAGCUUCCUGUGUGUCUCUGCUCUGCCACCCUGCCUGUGCCCGCCCGGCCUGCUGUGGUGUCUCCUCAGGAUCCUGCUGCUGA